AUGGUUUUGUGAGUUUUAGAUAAAUUUUUUUUUAUUCGGGGUUUUCCUUGAACUUCAGAGAACUCACGAAGGAAGAUCGACUGAAGAGAAUCGUUGAAUCUAGAAAAAUGUAUAGGUGAAUAUUUUCACUUGAAAGGUUUUGAAUUAACGGUUGAGAAUUUCCUGACAAGUGGCCUUCAAGCUUGAAAGUCUUGACCGACAAAAUUUAUCAGUUUACGAGAAAAAAAAAUCAAAAAAGUUCAUGAGAAUGGCCCAUUUUUAGCCGCUUUUUCUCAAAAAAUCAGAAAUUUGAGAGGCUGAGAAUCUUGAAAUCAUAAUCUGGUGCAUCAAGAAGUGUUUAAAAAAAGGAAGAAGAAAGGAAAACAUUUGAAAAUUGCCGGGUUUUUUUGAAAUCUGUGGUCAAAGUCGGAAUGCUGGUUAAUGGUCGCUAAAAGGCUCAAAAAAGGCCGCUAAAGGGCUCAAAACAGGAAGCAAAAAGGCUCAAAAAAGGCCGCUAAAAGGCUCGAAAAAGGCUGCAGAAAGGCACCAAAAAGAGUCCCUUUAUCUGUCAUUUUUUCUGGGAUUUAAAAGGCUCAAGGAGUUGUGAAAAAAAAGGGAGAGGCAGCAAAAACGGUGCAAAAGAGCCGAUGAAAGAGUGCAAAAAGGCAGCAAAAAAGGAGCCUUUGUCACCCUAAAAGGAACAUUUUUGGGGCCCUUUUUGACUUUUCUUGACUUUUCCUAUGAUUAAAGAGCCGAAAAACUUGCAAAUCAAUGGAUUUUUCAAAAUUUACAGUUCAAUAUCGCGUACGAAAGGGCCACUGAUCGUCGCUGCUUUAAACAAGCCAAAAUUGGAAGUUCGGUUAGUUUUUUGGCUUGAAAAAUGACAAAAGAAUAGGCCAAGCCAUAUUUUGUGACAGAAAUCCCGUUUUUUUCCCUUUUUUAUUCCAGUUUUUAGUUCUAGCUCUAGUUUCAAUAUCAUUUUUCUCAAAAAUAAUGAAAUUUUGAGCUUUUUCCUGUUUUUGCGCGCGAUAGAAGAUCUUAAAAUUCAUAUCGAAUUUCAUUAUCAUACUUUAAAAAUUACUCUGUCUUCAAUGGACCCUUUUAGGCCCACCAAGGUACCAGAAAAAACCGGGAACGAGUCUGAACUUUCAGAAAUCUGAAAAAAGUCAAUAUUCGAUUCGCGGUGGUACUCUUAACGCGUUAGAAAAAUCAAAAAUUGACCUUCCGUCUCAAACUUUUUAUAUCCUGUCUGAAAAAUAUAUUUAUAAAUAAAUUAAUGGACCAUUUUUUUAGACCCCCUCAGGGUGCCAGAAAAAUCGGAAGCGGUCCAGAAAAUGGUCCCUAGACCUUCAAAACCAGCUCCUGUCGUGGCGAGACCCACCCUUCCUGAACGAUCAAGAAAAUCUGUAAUAAUCUUUUUUUUUUCGUCUUUAUGAGUUUCCAGCGAGUUAUCGGUCCACGGCCGAGUUGCUUGCCCCUUGGAAUCAAUUUAUUCGAGGCGAAUUCGGCCGAACGUCUCAAGGUACAGGAAUAAUCGUUCACUCUAGUGGUUUGUAGUGAUUUUUUCGUCCCUUAAGUGGCCACUAAUUCGACUAUACUUCUCAGACCCUAAAGACGCCACUGAACGGUUUCCUUAGGGACCGCAAAGCCACGCCCCUUUUCGCGAUAGAAAAAGUGGCUUUUUUUUGGUUUUCAACUUUCAUUUUGAUGUAGUUGUAAAAUUUGUGGAACUGGCAAAUAAAAUUUGACACACUUGUACAGAAAAGCUUCCUCUUUCGUUUAAAAAAUAUUUCACGCUUUUUUGAUGCGUUCGCGCGGAAUGUCGUACAAAAACGUGAAUGGAACUAAAAAAAUUUUUGUCGUUUUUUUGCUUUUUUUCAUGUGUUUUUCAGGUCGAACGCACUCUUUCUUUUUUUAAAUAAUGAUUUUUGAUUCAAGUAACGGUAAUUUUUAAAACAAUAAAAUAAAAAAAUUCGUCUUUGCCAAAAAAAUUUUUAGGGAGUGCCGAAAGUCGUAAUUCAAAAAUAUCGUUAAUAUGCGAAUAUAAUCGAGUUUUUUUCUUUUUUUCAAAAUUUAGAUCACGGGCUUACUUAAAUAUUUCUCCACAGAAUAUGUGCUUGAAAAAAAGUUGUUUAAUACGCAAAAAAAUGCUCUUGAAACUAGAGGAUAAAAAUUAGCGGCGUUUAUCACACAGAAAGCGGUCGAACGCAGGUUUUUUUAAACGAUUAUAUACAUUUAUUAGUAAAAAAAUCUUUCAAUUAAAAAGAAUAAAAUAAAAAAAAUUCGUCUUUGCCAAAAAAAUUUACGGGGCCGUUUUUAAUGCAGCGAUCGUUAAACGAGGCAAAAAGCACUAAAAAAACAGUUUUUUUCGAAGUGAAUUUCCACGAACCGUUUGAGUAAAGAUUUGCAAACAUAUUCUGAUAAAAAAAUAGCUAAAUUACUUCAAGUUUUUUUCUUUUUGAAAUAGACAAUCUGUGCUAUUCAAACGGCUCAAGGGUAUGGCGGAUGGAAGCUCCCCGCGUUGGACCUAACAGCUUGGCGCAACGCGUGCGCUCCGAUUUUUACAUUUUGAGGUAGCGAGUUCGAUGCCCGCAAGCGGCAGUUUUUUUGUUUUUCUGGAAAAAUACCGACUUUUUUUCGACAAACUAGCUGAUUAGCAUCAUUUUAGCACUCUAGUAUGAUUUGUUACAUCAUAAUAGACCAGUAUCAAAAUUUGUUCUAGAAGAAAAAUCGAAAAAAAUGUCAAAAAUGGAUAAUACCAAAAUUUCAGUACUAAAAAAAUGGUGCGCGGCGCGCCACCUUUUCCGUCAUAACUUUUUUCAUCCUCAAUCUUUUUUGAAAAACUAAACGGUUCUGAGUUUUGAAUCGAAACAGCUAUCGAACCAUACAAAGCUCAAUGCUGAAAAAAAUUUUUUGAAAAUUCGUCUGCGGUCCCUAGGUUUCCUAGAACUGCCAGGAAAAACAGCCUUUGGUCCCUAUAGGCCUUAGGGGAACAAAGAGCCCUAUAGGGGCCGAAAAAGUGGUCCCUUUAGGGGUAAAAUUAAGGUGGUCCUUUUGGGGUUUAGGCUCUGAGUCAGAACUUCUGAUCCCUCAGCCUCUAAAGCUUAAGUGGUCACUAUAGGGACUGGAGGAAACGAACCCCUAUAAGGGCCCGUAAAAGUGGUCACUAUAGGGGUUCAAGAUGUGCACCCUAUGGGGGAAAUGCUACUUCGCUUAGAGUUCAUAACAAUUAUCGCCUAGAAUGUCCUCUAUAGGGACUACUUUUGCAAGCUUUAGUGGCCCCUAUAGGGUUCGGUAAAGUGGUCCCUAGAGGAAUCAGCAUUAUUCAUAUAUGCUGUGGUUAGUUUUAUUGAAAUUUGACCCCUUUUUCGGUCCCUAUAGGGGCUGUUUGUUACUUUAACCCCUAUAGGGACCACUCUGGAAUUUCUAAAAUUGAAAAAUUGAAGGUUCGAGAGUAUAUUCGGAAGAUUUCGACGCCUGGUCCCAAGCAAAUGACAAAUAUAGUUGCAAAUAACGAUCACAUUGCCAAGGUUUUUGUUUCGAAUUGACAAUUUCGAACCAAAUUAUUUCCUAGAAAUUGCUGUUUUCGGAUGAAAAAGUGAAGCCAACGCGUCUUGAUCUGGAGAACGUUUUUGGGUAUUCUAAAAUCGACUCAAAAUUAAUAAGUAUGAUGUUUGAAACAGUUUUGUCAUGUCGAUCAGAGCCGACGAUGAGGAUUUCUCGACCCACGUCGAAAAGUACAAAGCGAUGUGUUCUCACCUUCAAAAUCUAUUUAUUUGAAAUAAAAAGUCCUAUUUUCAGAGAAAAAUAAGAGACGGGGAAAAAAGUAAAGUCAUGUUUGCCCUACACUUGAACCUGUCGACUUGUGGCUUUCUUUUGGGAUUUUUCAAGUUUUGAUUAUUGUCCCUACCCAAAGAUCAAUUUUCGAACGAAAUUUUCACUUAUUUCGAAACUAACAGCAGAUCAAUCAUAGUUGAAGCGCGCUAGUUUAAAAACGUUGACGGGCUUUCCGGAAAUUCGAGACUUUCCCUGUUUCUCCUUCUCAGCUGCUCUUCAUUUUUUGUUUCUUUCAUUUUUGAAAAGUUGGAAAAUAAACGUACUUUCCUGUUUCAAGAGAAUGAUUUUGCUAUGAAAUUUGUUGUGAAGUUGUUCCUCUGGUCUUACGACUACAAAUCAUAAAUUGUUGAUUCGGACAAGCAAAUCCAGAGAAAAUAGCCGUGAAAAAUAGCUCCGGAUUUUGGUAUGCUCUAUUGAUAAAAAUGUUUUAUUUAGUGAGGGCGUCACUGGAUUUACGAUGAUUUUUCAAGGAUUAAAAAAAAAGCCGUGAAAAUUAGUCUCCGAUGCUGUAUGUAUGCUCCAUUGAUAAUUUUGAAAUAACCUGGAAAAAUAGCCUUUUGAUCAGGAUAUUGUGCUCCGUUGAGAAACUGGAAAAGCUCUAGUGGCCACUUAAGAGUUUCCUCAAGGAAUAUUGGGAGAGGACACUAUAGUGACCACUGAAAGUACCUCUAUAGAAGCAACUAUGUAUUUUGCUUUUUAGUGGCCACUAUAGUGGUUUGUAGUGGUCACUUUUCUUUCGUCACAAAAGUGGCCGCUAAUUCAAGUACUAUAGUGGCCUCUAAAAUGUCUAAACCCUAAAGAGGCCACUUGAAAUUCCCCCAGAACUGCCAGAAAAAAAACAGCCUUCUUUGGACUUCCAGAGUGCUCCCUCUAGUAGGGGAGGUAAAACCCUCCCUAGGGCCGAGAAAGUCUCAAGUGGACCCUAUAGGGGUCUCUCAAUUUCAUUCAAAAAACGCUUGUUUUUCAGUUUUCUCAUGGAAAUGCUUCUACACUCGGAGUCCAUAACAAGUAUCGACUAGAAUCUUCUCGAAAAGGACCACUUUUGCAAGCUUUAGUGGUCCCUAUAGGGGUUGGUAAAGCGAUCCCUAGAGGGUGCCUUCCAAGGACCCCUAAGGUUGCUCCUAUAGGGACCACUCUGGACUUCUGAAGUUUGGAAAAUUCUACUGCUUUUUUAAAAAAUUUCCUUUUUUGUAAACUUUUAGAACUAUCGCUCCUCGGUUGCAGUACUAAUUCCUUCCUUCAAGGAAGACAAGGGGAAAAAAAUUCGCCCCACAAAGCAAUUAACAUUGGGAGCAUGGAGGCGUUAAUUGGUUCCGGAAGAAAAGUCUCUUCUUUCUUUUUCCUUCCCCUUUUUGGAAUUCUCCCUUUGAUUAUUCUGACCAGGGAAUGGUCUCCGGUCGCAGUGGGAUCUCUCAAUGAGACCAAUUUUUCCAGAUGUAGUUUUUCACGCUGAUCUCAAAUCUGGUCUCAAAAACUGCCGAAGAGCUCUGUGAAAAAAGUUAUGGACCCUCAAAAGUCGAAAAUUUCAGUGUCUCCGAUUGAGCUCAUUUUUGGAGGGUAUAUAGACCUUGUCCCUCUGGUAAAGAAAAACCAUUGAAGUUUUCACAAAAAAAUUUCGGAGCCCAGAUAUGAUGUUUCAAAGCCUAGCCUCACACAAGAGCUUGCGAGCGCGGUGUCCUAUUGCGAUCCGGCGACCGUCGAAGCAACGGCAGCAAGGAGCAGUGGUAAGGCGGUGGACUGGGGAUCACGAGGUCAUAGGUUCGGUGCCCACUCUGUGCAAACUUUUUGCAUUUUUUCUAUUUUUCUAUGAUUUCGUUUAAGGGCUCCUAUUUUUGAGUUUUUGAGGCGUAUAAACAUGAAAAAAAUCUUCGUUUUUAGCCCAUUCGAACAUCUAGAAUUAUUUUCGUCAAAAAAAUUUUUUCAUGGAAUUUUUUUCGAGAUUUUUUUCAUGUAUAUGAGCAUGGGCUGGAGUGAGAAAAAUUUUCAGGAAAAAUUUUUUUGUUUUUCCAUUUUUUUCGUUCCUAAAAAGAUUUAUAAGUUUAAAUAGUCAUAGAUACGCCGACAUAUCCCACAGAAAAAUUUUUUCCUGGCUUUUUUAGACCUCACCGCUCAACUACGACUGAUGGAAGUUUCGGAAAAUUUUUGCGUAGGUGCUCUUUUUCGAGUUUUGAAGCGUUAAACUGUGAAAGUUCUCCGUUUUGAAACUAUUCAAACACCUGGACCUUUUUUUGUCAAAAAUUUCUUCAUAUAAUUUUUCGUUAUUUUCCAUGUGUAUGAGUAUAGGCUCGAGUGUGGAAAAUUUUCAAAAAAUUUUUUUUUGGUUCUUUUUCUUUUUUUUUAAAUUUUAUUUAAAGUUUUUUAGUCCAUUUAUUCAUCGAUAAACCAAAAAAAAACCACAGUAAUUUUUUUUCUUCUAAAAACUUCUUUGAGAGUUGCAGUGAUUUACCUAUGAUCAUCACCUUAUGCCUGAAAAAGUUUUUUUGCGCGAUUUUUCCCGAAGUAGAAAAAAAUGAGAGUGCGCAAAAAAACAAAAUUUAUUGUUGAAUAAAAAAAUUUCUUUUUCUUUCCUCGAAAUUUUUCUCUCGAAAAAGUCUGACUGGACUGUGAACUUUCACAAGUUCCAUUAGAACGAAUUAUUUGGGGGAUUUCGGUCCCAUUUUUGUUAUCUAUCAAUCAGAAGGGAUUUCUUUGAAAGUUUCAGCAAAAAUUUGAGAAAAAGCGGAUUUAUUUUUUUCUCUUAUGAAGUCGUAGUUGAACGGUAAGGUCUAAAAAAGCCAGGAAAAAAUUUUUCUGUGGGAUAUGUCGGCGUAUCUAUGACUAUUUAAACUUAUAAAUCUUUUAGGAACGAAAAAAUGGAAAAAAAAACAAAAAAAUUUUCCUGAAAAUUUUCUCACUCCAGCCCAUGCUCAUAUACAUGAAAAAUCUCGAAAAAUUCCAUGAAAAAAAUUUUUGACGAAAAUAAUUCCAGAUGUUCGAAUAGGCUAAAAACGAAGAUUUCUCAUGUUUAUACGCCUCAAAACUCAAAACAGGAGCCCUUAAACGAAAUCAUGAAAAAUAGAAAAAACUGCAAAAAAAUUUGCACAGAGUGGGCACCGAACCUAUGACCUCGUGAUCCCCAGUCCACCGCCUUACCACUGCUCCUUGCUGCCGUUGCUUCGACGGUCGCCGGAUCGCAAUAGGACACCGCGCUCGCAAGCUCUUGUGUGA